AUGAUUUGCGUUAUUAGCGAAGCGACAAAACAGUUCUCUGAUUAUCAGACAAAGGAAGCAAUAAGUAAUUCUGUGCUAAAAAUAUGUAAAGAAAUAGGAAAUUCAAGCACUCCACACUCAAUUGGCUUAUGGAACUUCCAACGCAACGUCAAUGAUACACUAAGCAACGUGACGAAUAAUCCCAAAGUAGCAGUAAAAUUAUGCAAGACAAGGAUCAGUUAUCACAAAAUGACCUUGAACCAAAGGGGAAAAGUCACCGUAGAGGAUGACCCUAAACCCAACGACAAUCUGGAUUUAAACGUGCACCAGGAAGGAUUAUUAAAAAACUAUUUGGACCAUGGCUACGCUCUUUACAGGAUGCAAAACUACUCUGGCGCCAUUCAGUCUUAUCAGUGUGCCCUUGACACCGCAUUAGGACUGUUCGGGAAAGAACACUCAGACACAGCUCAGAGUUACUUUUCUCUCGGAGUAACACAAAAUGCCCUAGGCGACCUCCCGUCAGCACUUCUGUCCUUUCAGCGUGCUCUUGACAUAAGAGUUAGACUCUUCGGGAAAGAACACACUAAAACAAUUGAGAGUUCCUUUUUUCUCGGAGAAACACAACACGCCCUCGGCGACUUCUCGUCAGCACUUCAGUCCUUUCAGCGUGCUCUUGACAAAAGCGUUAAACUCUUCGGGGAGGAACACACAAAAACAGCUGAGAGUUCCUUUUUUCUCGGAGAAACACAACAUGCCUUAGGCGACUUCUCGUCAGCACUUCUGUCUCAUCAGCAUGCUCUUGAAAUUAAAGUUAAACUCUUCGGGGAAGAACACACAAAAACAGCUCAGAGCUAUUUUUCUCUCGGAGUAACACAACAUGCCUUAAGCCAAUUCUCGUCGGCCCUGCAGUCAAAACAGCGUGCUCUUGAAGUCCGAGUUAAAAUCUUUGGGGAAGAACACUUGGAUACAGUUAGGACUUACUUUUCUCUCGGCUUGACACAACAUGCUUUAGGCGACUUCUCGUCAGCACUUCGGUCCCAUCAGCGUUCUCUUGACAUUAGAAAUCUGAAACUCUUUGGGGAUGAACAUCUGGACACAGCUGACAGUUACUUUUCUCUAGGAGUAACCCAACACGCCUUAGGUGACUUCUCUUCAGCACUUCAGUCUUCUCAGCUUGCUCUUGACAUAAGAGUUAAACUCUUCGGGGAAGAACACCUGGACGUAGCUGAGAGUUAUUUCUCUCUCGGAGUAACACAACACGCCUUAGGCGACUUCUCCUUAGCACUUCAGUCAAAACAGCGUGCUCUUGAAAUCCGUGUUAAUCACUUCGAAGAAGAACACCCAGACACCGCUGAGAGUUAUUUCUCUCUCGGAAUAACACAGCAUGCCUUAGGCGACUUCUCGCUAGCAGUUCAGUCAAAACAGAGUGCUCUUAAAAUCCGUGAUAACCUAAUCAGGGAAGAACACGUAGACACACCUAAGAGUUACUUUUCUCUCGGAAAAACGCAACAUGCCUUAGGCGACUUCUUAUCAGCACUUCAGUCCUUUCAGCAUGCUCUUGACAUAAGAGUUGAACUCUUCGGGGAAGAACACCUGGACACAGCUCAGAGUUAUUUUUCUCUCGGAGUAACACAACAUGCCUUAGGCGACUUCUCGUUAGCACUUCACUCCCAUCAGCGUGCUCUUGACGUAAGAGUUGAACACUCGGGGGAAGAACACUCAGACACAGCUGAGAGUUACUUUUCUCUUGGAGAAACACAACAUGCCUUAGGCGACUUCUCGUCAGCACUUCAGUCAAAACAGCGUGCUCUUGACAUAAUAAUUAAACUCCUCGGGGAAGAACACCCAGACACAGCUGAGAGUUACCUUUCUCUUGGAGAAACACAGCAUGCCCUAGGCAACUUUUCGUCAGCACUUCAGUCACAACAGCGUGCUUUUGACAUAACAAUUAAACUUUUCGGGAAAGAACACCCAGACACAGCUGAGAGUUGCUUUUCUCUCGGAGUAACACAACACGCCUUAGGCGACUUCUCGUCAGCACUUCAGUCUAAACAGCGUGCUCUUGAAAUCCGAAUUAAACUCUUCGGGGAAGGGCACCCAGACACAGCGCGGAGUUACUAUACUCUUGGAGUCACAAAACUAGCCUUAUGCGACUUUUCGUCAGCGGUUCCAUCCUUUCAGCGUGCUUUUAACAUCAGAGUUAAACUCUUUGGGGAGGGACACCCAGAUUCAGAACUAAGUUACUGUUCAGUCAGCGUAGCACAACGGUUUCUCGGUGAAUCUACCUCAGCUGUGCGAUAAUCUACACGGCGUGCACAUGACAUUUUGUUGGAACCCCAACAAGUUGUUUAUAAUAAGUAUUUACUCACACUAAAGCUGAAGAGGAUAUGCUGAGGGACUCUAUUACAUGAAAGGGUUAAGGAUUUAGGUCUAAUUAUGGUGUUAUAGAAAGUUCAAAGUUAAACAAGCUAAAGGUAACAUACUCUGAUUAAAUUUAAAGGUAUCUUUCUUAAGCAAAUAAAGCAUGAUCAACUA